UGUCACUAUUCAGUUUGAGCAUUUGACAUUUGACAUAUUUCACAUUUUCAAUUUUUCUCGUCAUUUCAAUUUUCAUCGUCUUUUCGAUUAGUGUCGUCGUAGAGUGAGGUUGAUUGUACCAUGACGUCGAAAGUGUCUCGUGAUACGCUUUAUGAGUGCGUUAACGGAGUUAUCGCUAACUCCAAAGAGAAGAAAAGGAACUUCUUGGAAACCGUAGAAGUUCAGAUUGGUUUGAAGAAUUAUGAUCCCCAAAAGGACAAGCGUUUCAGCGGAACCGUCAAACUAAAGCACAUUCCCCGACCAAAAAUGCAAGUGUGUAUCCUUGGUGAUCAGCAGCACUGUGAUGAGGCAAACGCCAAUGGAGUGCCCUUCAUGGACGUAGAGGCCCUCAAAAAGUUGAACAAGAACAAGAAACUUGUCAAGAAGCUAGCCAAGAAGUACGACGCUUUUCUGGCUUCCGAGGCAUUGAUCAAGCAGAUCCCCAGGCUGCUGGGACCCGGUUUGAACAAGGCCGGUAAAUUUCCUGGUCUGCUCAGCCACCAGGAGUCCAUGACUCAGAAGAUCGACGAGGUCAAGGCCACCAUCAAGUUCCAGAUGAAAAAGGUACUCUGUCUUUCUGUAGCUGUUGGACAUGUUGACAUGACCACCGACGAAUUGGUACAGAACGUCCAUCUUGCAGUCAAUUUUUUGGUGUCCCUACUGAAAAAGCACUGGCAGAACGUCAGAUCUUUACACGUCAAAUCUUCGAUGGGACCCCCUCAGAGAUUAUAUUAGGUUUUUAUUAUAAUGAACUUACAUACUGCUGUGUAUGUAUUUGAUAAAUAAAAAAUGAUGUAUAAAUUUGAAGUAUUUAAUU